CAGACAGGUCAGAAAUGGAUUCUGUAGCAAUGGCUCUGGUCAACAAAUAUCCCUGUCUCCGUGAACCAGGCAGUGGAAAUGGGUGGAAUGGAUGGAGAAUGAGUAUUGCGUUCAAGAUUGGAAAUUACCGUCAAAAGCUGCGGAAUGCCGGCUGUGAAGAAGUUAAAGUAAAUGAAAGGAGGGGAAGCCGUGAAGAAAGUAGGCCCGGCUUAAAAAAAGCAAGGAGAGCUGAAGUUCAUUUCCUCCCUGACCAGCCCGCUGGACAAACUCAAGACGCUAUGGAAAAAGACAGAGAGGCACUGACAGCAGAGAUGGAAAAAAGGAGUCCGAACAUGACGUUUAUUAAUGACGCUAUGGAUCGUACGUUUCCCUUGAGGAGGAAGGAAAUAGUUGACCAGGAACCCGGUGUUGAUCUGGUGAAGCGCAGAUGGCCAGCACUUUUCAUGGAAUACCAGGUGAAUUGUGAAUUUCACAGAAUCACUAUGGUUGACCUGCAAAGAAAAUUCCUUGGUUUCCUGGAAACUCACACCCCUAAAAUCCUGAAGAUGUAUCGAACCAGAAGAACACACUUCGGUGAGGAGAUGCAGAAACUCCUUGACUCGUUGGAUAAGGAGAAAUCCUUGCCUCUGAGCCUCUACUGGUGGACGAAUGUAGAUGUUUCAAGUCAAAGACGACACUGUGUAGCUGUAUGUGUAACAGAGUGUAUACAUCUGACAUCUCUGGACACAGAAAAGCUGUAGCCCUCAGAGGACUUCCGCUCUUUGUCAGGGAUUA